UCUCUUCCCCCCCCCCCCCCUGUCUGAACCAAUUUAUGGUUUGAGAAGUUGAGGAAAACUUCUACUGGUCUUGGCCGAAUUUACUGGAAUUGUCUGUUGUGUCUUAACUACCAACAUGACACUUUUGGGCUCAGAACAUUCACUGCUGAUCCGAAGCAAGUUCAGGUCAGUUCUACAACUCCGACUCCAGCAACGACGAACCCGCGAGCAGCUAGCAGACCAAGGCAUCAUGCCACCGCUGAAGAGUCCAGCUGCAUUCCAUGAGCAGAGGAAGAGCCUGGAAAGAGCCAAGACGGAAGACUACUUAAAACACAAGAUCAGAAGUAGACCUGAGAAAACAGAUCUGGUUAAUAUGCAUAUCCUACAAGAUACAGCUGCAGAGGGCACACUUCAAGCAACUCAAAUGAAGCUCAAGAGGGCGAGGUUGGCUGAUGACCUCAAUGAGAAGAUAGCCCAGAGACCUGGACCUUUGGAACUCGUGAAGAAGAAUAUAAUUCCAGUAGAUUCAGCCGUGAAAGAGGCAAUCAAUGUUAGCCAAGUUAAUUUCCCUAAAGCCCCCAACACAUUUUCCUUUGAGGAAGACAGCAGCAAUGAUGCACUGUCUCCAGAGCAACCCAGAAGUCAGGAAUCCCAGGGAUCAGAGAGUUCGCCAUCUGAGCCAAAGUUCACAGAGUCGUCGUCACCUCUUGCAACCACUACAAUACAGUAUCUGCCUCACCUCUCCCAGCAGUGUGACCUAAGCAGGCCUACAUCUAAUAACCAGAUCAGCCAGCCUGGAAGCCAAAACCAGCUGAAUGGGCAGAUUACCGCACCAAUACCAGUGCCAGCUAUAGUUAAAACAAAGCCAUCUGCAGAUGGAAAAAACCAGCGCCACAAGAAGCCAAAGGACACAAAACCAAAGGUGAAGAAACUGAAAUAUCACCAGUACAUUCCACCAGAUCAAAAGCCAGAGAAGUCUCCACCUCCAAUGGAUUCAGCCUAUGCCAGGCUACUCCAACAGCAACAGCUCUUCCUCCAACUGCAGAUAUUAAGCCAGCAGCAGCAUCAUCAGCAACAUCAUUACAACUAUCAGAACAUUCUCCCCACAUCUCUAAAGCAGCCUGGUGAGCAGCUUUCCAGAAACACUUGCACUUCAACCACUACCGUCCCAAGCAGCAACCUGUCUCCAGUGAAGUCCUCAAUAUCAGGUCCAACCACUGGCUCUCCUUUGAAACUGGGACCUCUUCCAUCCAAUCUAGAUGACUUAAAAGUAUCGGAGCUGAGGCAGCAGCUGAGGAUACGGGGCCUUCCAGUGUCUGGUACAAAAACAGCCCUCAUGAAGAGGCUGAAACCUUUCCAAGACUCAAAGAGCAACAGCCUGCCAACCAGCAGCACCAGCACAAGCUUGUCCAGUUCUGUCAGUGAGAUGACGACCGUGAUGUUCCCAAUGACUCCCGUGAGCACACACUCAAGCUUUCAGACUCAGACCACCUCCACUGUGCUACCGAAUGGAUUUUAUCAGUUUGGCAGCACCAGCUCAACCCCUCCCAUUUCUCCAGCGUCAUCUGACCUCUCUGUAACCGGAUCCGACUUGAGCGGGUUGCCUGACACCUUUAGUGACGUGCCUGUGCCUUCACCGCAGCUUGGUCUGCAGCCUUCGCCGGUUCAGCUCAGUGCCGAAGACAGUCUGAUGAGUAGCAUGAAUGGAGGCAGCAUACAGGUGGAGCUGGAAGGCUUUGACACCCAGAAGGACAAAAUGCUCAUGGAAAAGCAGAAAGUUAUCGACGAGCUGACCUGGAAGCUUCAUCUGGAGCAAAAGCAGGUGGAAGAAUUGAAGAUACAGCUUCAAAAACAGAAAAGGAACAAUCAGCACAACCCACAGGCUUCCUCACAGCCGCUCUUCAGUGUGUCUGUAAAGCAGGAAAACCUGAUGUCCAGUUGUCCAUUUGCUGCACAACAGAUGAACGAUAAAAGUGCAACACCAAUGAUCUCUCCCGCAUCCAGCAGCAGUUCCACGGAAAGCCUAAACACAUCCGGUACAACACAGAAAUCCGGCAUUGUGAGCAGUCAGACCUGUGUGGAAACUGCGGAACACAAUGCAGUGAGGUCACCACCAUUCCUGAGUCCACAGUGCUCGCCUCAGCAUUCUCCAUUGGGAGGCCUAACCAACAGCCCUCAGCAUGUCAGCCUUCCCCCAUCUCCAAACAAUCAUUUCCUUCUGCCAGUGUCACCCGCCCCCCAAAAUGGAGACGGGCGUAGUGUUUCGCCCCAUCAGCUUCAGUCCAUUCCGGCUUGCAACAGUCAACUCAAGAUACAGGCCACAAAUGGGCAGGAGCCUCAGCACCAAAAUGGGAGCCCGCAAUUCCAGCAGCAGCUCCAACAACAUAUAAUACGACAGCAGAUACUCAGAAAGAUGAAUGUUCCUAACUCUGCCAAUCAAGUUGGUCAAAAGUUUGUCAUCAAUACUACUCCUUUCUGUAGUUCAAACUCAACCCUGAGCAAGAUCAAACAACCUCCUUCUUACGAAGAUGCAAUGAAACAGUUUAAUCUUGUAUACCUGCAGCAAAUGUCUAGAAACCAGAUGGAUGACCUACUGGACGUGCUCAUUGAGAGUGGAGAAAUGCCACCAAAUGCCAAAAAUGAUCAUCAUUGUACUCAGAAAUCAUUGCCUCAGAUCACAGUUUCAUCAGGAGCUUCCACUGUGACAGUGCCUCGGACUUCAACAAGUCCUUUUAACCACAUGUCUCCUCCCCAGCUUUCGUUUGACCAUUGCACAAGCAACAGUGACAGUCAACUUGAGGCCCUGCUGAAUUCUCGCAGCUCCUUGAGUAGAGGCAGCGAUCUUGCAUUGCUUAAAAUUGGCAGUGAAGAUUCCCAGCUAGACAACGUGACUGAGGGCUUUACCGGCAACUCGAGGGAGGAUAUGCUGAACACUCGAGACAUUCUGGAGAACCCUCUGUCCCCGAUGGACACCCAGAUGUCACCAUCACCCACACAUGGCCACGUUAUGAACUUAGGUCUAACAGAAACUCCCUUGGAGAACAUGGACUGGUUGGAUCUCACACCACCCAGCUCAGCAACAGGUUUUGGAUCUGCUGGCUCCUCCACCCCAAGCAUCUUCUCUGCAGACUUCCUGGACGUUACAGACCUGAACUUAAAUGCAACAAUGAACUUGCAAUGGUAAUAUGCUCGGUGGACUACAAACUAUCAGUACAUUUGACGCCAGUUGAAUUGGGGUGUUAAAUAAAAAGCAAGCAUACUGCUAAGGUAUACCAGCCAAAGAAGUCAUGUUGGCAAAGGUAAAGUCAAUGGAAGAAUCCAAUUGAUCAACCAUAAGAUGAUUACUCUGUGGUUGUUGCAUGUAGUAAUAUCCUGGUUGCUGAAAGAGUUAAAAGCUUUAUAAGGUUGUGCAUUUACUGCGUUUUACUGGAAGCAAAGUGAACAUGAAGUCCGUUGCCAAAGAGUCGAAGUCUAAAUCUUACUGAAUUGACAGGUAGAGUCCAAAGGAUAGAUAUAAUAUUGGCCAACUCUUGUACUGACCUUGUGCACACAACCUGCGUUAUAUCUUUUGUAUAUAGCUUACAUUUGCUUAUAUCUUUUGCAAGAUUUUUUUUAUAAUUUUUAUCAAAAGAAAGAAUUCUUUACCAGACAAGCAAUAUUUGCUAUCCUGAACAAUGGAAAGUAUUACAAUACUGGCGUCUUUCCUGAAUCACAAUUGCAAGGUCACACUACUUUGUGCUAGUAUUUGAUUCUUUGUAUUGUGAAUAUAUCUUAUUGUUCACUUUGCACAGUUAAAAGUAGAGGCAUUUGUCACUGUUUGCCUGUUUUUUUUUAGAUGUCUUCUAGGUGUUAAAAUGUUAGAAGCCAUUCCAUGCAGAUGUUUGGUAGUAUUUUUAAAAAUUAGUAAGUUUAUGAAAUUAUGAAGUGUACUGCUUUGCAUUUCAGAUGCUUUUUAAUAGACUUGGCAGUGUUUGAGGGUGUUGGAGGGAGGGCAUCUUGUUUUGCUUGGUAUUUAAUGAAGCAACAUUUCCACCAUCCAUCACCCCCAAAAAAAGAUACCACUUUGCAAAAUGCAGUAAAUUAUGCAAUUACAUGAAGAAAAGAAAACAAAGAGAUGACUUCAUUGCUUGUGCUGAAGUUGAGACUCCCUACAAACAUAGGAAGAUGUUAAACCUGAGUUCAAAUGCACAGUAGUAAGCCAGCAUCAGGCUUGGCAUUAUAUUCAGUUCUUUUGCAGCUAACUUAGGUACUGACCAAUGUGACUUUAUUUUUAAUAUUUUCAGCACAUAACCCAUAGACCCACAUUUGAAAGGAAAUAAGUAAAUGAAAUAUUGAUUUAAAAGGGAACAAAAGUGAAUUGAAAAUAGGUGACAUCAGUUUCAUCCCUUGUCUUAGUGUAAAGAAAAUAGUUUAUUUUUGGUAACUUUUAUUCAAAGCAAGGAAGUGCUCAGAAAAAGUAUUUUCAUACCAUUUUGUAUCUUAUCGUGUCCCUUUCUGCAAUGAUAUUUAAAUGAAAAGUACUUCACUUUACUCCUUUGGCACUGCUUGCUUUUCUGAAAUCUCUGGCCAAUUCAGUAUUCUGGCAUGUGAGGGAGAUCUUUGUCAAAGGAUUUGCUUGCUACCCUAUAUAGUAAUAGUAUGGCUGGUUUUAAAUGAAUAUUGUCAUGUUUCCCUCUACUUAUUCACUAUUUCCAAAAAUACAAAAAAAAUCUGCAAAGUACUGUGCAACUAAUUGAUAUUUAAUACUUGAAAUAUUUUGUCCUGUCAUUCCUUAUUAUAUCUAGCUAGCCUCCUUGCUAACUACUUGCACAGACUCCACCAAACAACCAAUAAAAUUCAGAGAUCGUUUGUAAGUAACUGAUGACAGGAAUCAAAAUGAUUGAAGGAGAUGAACAAUCAUCUUAAAAGUAAACCAACCCAACAACUGCACUUCACAGUCCAAGUUUCUUAUUUCUGCUCCCUGUGAAUCAAUAAUUAUAUUAUAUUUCCUUAAAUGCCUUUGAGUUAAAUAAUCCCUGUGACGUAUAAGUGAUUGUUCUGAUCUAUCUUGAGUAGAUCCCAUUCCAGUGCUAGUACACCUCCUUGAGUGAGCAGUGACUCUAUGAUAUGACAGUGGUUGCUUGCAAACUGGAUGAGGUACAUGGGCUUGACAACCCUUGCAUACUGGCAUAGCUGAUCACAACAGUACAUGUUUGACACUUAAACUUCUAAUUCUGUACUGAUGGUUUGAGCAACAUACCUGCCAGUUUAUUUGUGCUUGGCAAUCAUUCUUACCCUGCAUGAUGGAAGAGAUUUUCCAUUGAUUUUGUAAUCUGCGAAUGGCAAAAUUAUGAAUCAGAUACUGAUUUUUUUCGAGCAAAUUGAAAUUAAUGAUGAUCAACAUUGAAAUAUAGUACCAUACCGGAGUAAGCUUUGGUUUCAUUUAAUCCUGAGAAUCUCAAGCUCACUUUUCUCCAGCCUGCUUCUCAUAUGGUGAUGUUCUGAAGAUGCAGAUACUUAAAUCCAAAAUGUCACAAUGUUAGGAGGGGGGAAAAGAAACUUGUUUUCUAUUUUUGAAGCAAGAUUAUGGCACUUUUCUUCAGCUAUCAACAGGACGCAGUUCAUCCCUUGAUACAUGACAGGCUAAGAACCUAACAAGCUGAAAGAAUCGAAAACAAAGAGAGUUCUUGCCUUGAGCAGCAGUACUGGAGACAUCAUGAUCUCCUCCUCCUGCAAAACCCACCAUCUACAAGGCACAAGUCAGGAGUGUGAUGGAAUACUCUCCACUUGCCUGGAUGAGUGCAGCUCCAACAACACUCAAGAAGCUUGACACCAACGAGGACAA